AUGAAUUCUUAUCAUGGGUUCAGGGACACAACGUCACUUUUCAUCAAGGGCUAUCAUGCUACUGGAGUAAUGCGUCUGCAUCAGGACCACGGAUCAACUGCUGACUUCCCAAGCAGGGAGGAUGUCAACAACGAGGCGGAUUUUCUUCAAUAUCAUUUCACGAAUCUCUGUGCCACGGCCACAGGCGCGUGCUCAAAGCCCUGUGAAGACCCUGGCCGUGCUAACUCUACCAGACCCCCCUUCCCCCAAAAUCAAGAUUUCUAUAGACCAGUGCACCCCAAUCGACCCCAAGUCCCCUCCUUCCAAAGCUGUCGUGAGCAGGGUCUCUCCAGAAAGGGCUUCUCGCCUUCAUCAGACACUUUCAGAACUUUCUCCAGCGCGCACUGUGAACUCGGCCCUGUCAACAACACACAGACCGAAGUGCGCACAUACGACGGCCCAGUGCGUCACUCCGCAGUGGAGGAUGAUAAUACUGGACACGGGGCUCUAAACACGUUAAACGAGACUUUACACAGUGGAAAGACAUUCGAAUGGAUGAGAGUGAGGAGAAAUCAGUCCCGUGCAGCUAAGAUACAACUGGGAAAAUGCUCGGACCGGGAGCUGAAGACGAACCACGGACGAGAUUCUGACGAGGACACUUCGAGUGGAGGCUCGCGAACUAAUUUUACAACGAAACAACUCACAGAACUUGAAAAGGAGUUUCAUUUCAACAAAUAUCUGACUCGAGCCAGACGGAUAGAGAUCGCAAACCCUCUCCAGCUGAGCGAAACACAAGUGAAGAUCUGGUUUCAGAACAGACGCAUGAAACAGAAGAAAAUGCUGCGGGAAGGCCUAGCUCAAGGAUUAAUGCUGAUUUCUGGAUGUGAUGAGGACUCGAAAAAAAGUGACACUUGUUCAUCUCCUGAUUAA